AUCCCUUCAUUGAUUCACUGGUAAUGGCGUCGCCAACGCCACCGACGUAUUGUUUCAUAUUUCAUAUACAGCCAUUGUCUUAUUCUCUUCCAGUGAAAUUUUCAUUGUCGAUUAGAUGUUUUACCCUUUUUAGCUUAAAGGGUCACAAUCAAUACCGGUUAUGCCAAAUAAUUUUUUUCUAGGAAAACAACGGUUUACUCACCAACUGAUAACCCAGAGACUGUUCCGUAGUGUGGUUGUUUUCUGUUUUAAAUCGGCAAGACGGGGGGAUCUUUCAUAGUUACCAUAGGCUCCAAACAAUCUCUCCUCAAAUACCACUCAUUAUUCGCUGAUCUGUUUGCGCCGUUUAAUCAUAUUUCCUGUUCGCUUUGUGUUUAUUGAAUAUUUUACUUGUACAUCAUACAUAGGAAUACAUCAAAGCAGUGUUCAUUCAUUUCUUUAUACUCAUAUCACCAAUUCAGAUUAUAAGCGCGUCAUUGUGGAAGUGAUUAUUACGAUCCUUCCCCCUAAUCUACAUAAAAGCCAUUUGAUUAUUCGAUUCUAUGGAAUACCCCUUAAAACAAAAAUAAAACAAAACCUACUUUAAAAAAACUCUGCUCCAUUAAGACACUCACACCUCUCUAAAUCCUUACAAAAUAUAUUUAUUUGAAUUAAAAAUAUUUCAAAAGCCACCUGAGCAGGUGCAAAUUUCUCCGGGGUAAGCCAAUAUCGGCGUCAUGCCAAAAUGAACAGUCGCUCAAGGAUAAAUUUAAAUUCUACGCAGUGGUCGGUAUAAUGUAUUGAAUACCCAUUUUUGGCGAAAGUAUAUAACAUAUUAAUAUCUUUCUUACCCGCGUUUCGUCUAUUGCCGCUUUAAUUGUUUGUUCUUUUGAGCAACUAUCGUUUUCCUGCUUAUUCGAUUACGUUCAUCCUAGAAAGACACCUUCGAUAGCUGGCUUUUAGGGCGGCUUAACUUUCCACCAACUCUAGCAGAGUACGUACUUGCAUACAAACUAGGCCGACUGGCGGUUUUGGGAUUAUAAAGUGUGUUGAUGCCUUUGGCGUCAGACCUGAUACCGGUUGGGGCUGUCAAAUUCGUGUAAAUAUAUUCAUAAAGAUAGGUGCGCUUUUAAAGGGCCCACAUUUACAUUCUCGCUCAGCCUCGGCGGAUGAAAAACAAUCAGUUUUAUUGGAUUCACACCUUUCUCUCCGUCUCCGCCACCUAAACGCAGACACCAAGUUGUCGUUUUAUACUUGCCUGCGCCUUUUAAUAACACCGCUCGACUCGAAAAGAAACCAUGGAGGGUCGGCCCUCACACGCUUUGGAGUCAGAUUUUAUGUCGUCCUCUACGAAUCUUUGGGCGAAGCAUCCAUUUUUCCCGGAAGCAGUUGACGAUGAAGCUGGAGACGACGAAGAGUCGAGAAGACUCGCUUGGUUGAAGAGCUGGUGGUUCAAGCGGCUCAUUCAAGUAUGUUCAGUGCUCAGUUUGAUGUCUAUGGCUAUGAACACUCCAGAGACAUUUCGGAAUGUCCCCAGCCUCUUUUACGUGACGCUUGUGCUAGACAUUACCCUUGCCACCGUGUUUACUGUCGAAAUGAUUGCUCAGAUUCGCAAAUUUGGCUUUAUUGUCGAUUUGAGAGCGUAUUUAAAGCGACCUCAGUGUAUAUUCAACUUGAGUAUGCUUAUUUUAAUCGUGUUAUCGAUUAUACUACAGCUAGUUGAACUGACGGGUUAUAAACCCGAUCCGUACAUAAUAUUCUCAAUACCUAGAGCCCCAAGAGCUCUUAUUAUGUUUCGGGUGUUCAAGCUAUUUGUCAACUUUCGCUUGGAUAACGAAGUCUCGCGACGAUGUCGAAGACAAAUUUGGUCUGUGACAAUUUUCUUUCUUUAUUUUAUGACUCUCGCCUCGAUUAUUGGCGUUCAGAUGUUUGGUUCGAAGAAUAAUUACUGUGUUAGAAAUACCACUGAUUUGUCGAACGUCACUUAUUCAGAUCUACUUUUGCCUGAAGCUCGCUGCAGCAUAUCCAAUGAAAAAGGUUAUAUCUGCCCAGCGAACUUUUAUUGUGCGCAAAUCAACCUGGAUAAAUUUAUGGCUGCUCGCCGUUACUUCGAUCAUUUCUUUUACAGUCUGCUAACCGUUUACACCAGUUCGACACAAGAAGGAUGGGUGUUAGUUAUGUAUCAGAUGAUGAAUGUCAGAUCUGAAGUCUUAGUUGUCAUAUACUUUGUGCUGAUGAUGUUUUUUAUUGCGUGGCUCGUCAAGAAUGUUUUUAUUGCUGUAGUAUCGGAGACAUUUGCUGACGUAAGAUCUCAGUACUCCAAGAGUCGUUUAUCGUCUCGAAGGCGUUACACGGGUCUUUCCUCCCUAGUGAUCAAAGACCAGGGCGCGGGCUGGCACCUGGUGUCCGUGGACCACGAAGCGAGCAAAGGACACGCGCCUCUGCCAAUCCGAAAUAUCGUGGCGUCACGCUAUGCGUGCUGGUUUAUCUGGUUUGCUGUGCUCGUGGACGCCUUAAUCCAAGCUAAUAACGGUUCAUGGCGAAGGCAAGCUCAGUUUGUGUUCACUAUUCUGUUUGAUAUAGAAGCUCUAAUCAAGAUCUGGUGCGUCGGCUUCCGGACCUAUCUGAACAGCUCAAGAAUGCAGUUUUUCGAGUUUAUCCUGGCCGUAGGCAGUACCGUGUUUGCGUUGCCAGUUCUCAUGAGUAUAGACGCGCUUGCGAUAUUUCACGUCAUGCGAGUUAUACGCCUUAUAGCUGCAAUUCCGGGUUUACAGGACUUCUGCCUAAAGAUUUUUGGAACAGGAAAAAAACUAGGAAGUGUCAUUCUAUUUACGCUAUUCUUCGUCAUGGUCUCUUCCGCAAUAAGCAUGCAGCUUUUCCUAACACUGAGCGACAGAAGCGGCAUUAAAAUUUUUGGAACAUAUCUCACUUCCUUAUCUUCAAUGUUCCAAAUUUUCACACAAGACGGCUGGGUGGUGAUCGUGGAAAAAGCAAUGACUAGUGCAGAAGUUUAUGGCGCAGCAGUGGUUGCGAUUUUUCUCAUAGCAUAUCAUCUUUUCUCUUCCCUCAUCAUUAUGAGUGUGUUUGUGGCUGUUAUUGUUGAUAAUCUUGAGAUAGACGAGGAAGUCAAAAUCAUGAAACAACGUAAAAUGGGUGAAGAGACUUCGGUGACGCACGAGAAAUUACCACUACGCUUGCGCGUUUACGAGCGCUUUAAAGAAGAUCCAAGGCUCGUUAAGAUGAGUCGAUUGAAGUUCGCCUCAGAUUUUCCGACGCCUAAGAUUCGUGAGAGUUUCAUGAAACGCUUCGUCAAUACGGAGAGUGUCGAUGACAUGCCGCUUGAUCUGUCUAUGUCCGUACCGGGUGACGAGUCUCUCUCACCGAAUCGAAUGAGAGGCCGCCGAGCUGCAAUAAGCUUGCCCGUUAAGUUGCUCAACUCCUCCGUCCCAGAAAUUAACCGCUCCACGCGAAUAUUCCGUAAGCAAUCCACCGUUUCGGCUCUGAUAAACGACGCAAACCAUCGCCGGACUCUCGCUCAGCUAUCACCAACUGAGCUCACCCCUCGAGGUGGAGUGAAGAGCGCAGGUCUUCGCAUGGCCUCGCGACGCAUUCGGACCGCGCGAACUGGAAGAGGAGCAGUUACAGAGGCGGACGUGAAACGCGCCAUGGAAAUGGCCAGUCACGGUGGCAAGAAAAUACAUUCUCAGCUUAGUCAAGAUGAGGCGCCUACCCGCCGCGAUUGGGAUAUCCAGUCCGUACGGGAGAAGCGUGAACAAGCAGCCAGUAAACGCCGAAUGCAAGAGGAAACCCUCCGGGAAAACCACCCUUUCUUUGACCAGCCUCUCUUCAUGCUCCCACGUGACUCAUGGCUUCGCUCCUUGCUCCAGAGUUUUGUACACGCGCGUUACAUAAUACCACCCGGAUACAUCGAGCGCGCCACUCGAAAUCGAUUGAUUACAAUGGAUACUAUCCAUAAGAUAAUAGCAACGCAGACGUACUUGGAAUGGACUAUGGUUUUCCUGACGCUUGCCUCGUGCCUCGCCAUGAUGACCGAGACCCCACAAGUGCGCACCUUUGAUAACAUCGCUACCAGCGCCUUCGAGCACAUCUUCGUGGUCGGAAUGAGUUUGGAGCUCGGAGUACGAAUUCUCGCCGACGGACUGGUGUUUACUCCAAAAGCAGUUAUACAGAAUUUUGGAGGUGCUCUUGACAUCAUGAUCUAUCUUAUCAGCCUCAUCUACAUAUGCUGGCAGCCUAAGAGCGUUCCUGUGAACUCCGGUGCACAGAUGUUGAUGAUCUUCAGAUGUCUGCGUCCUCUGCGCGUCCUCACAUUGAUGCCCAAAAUGAAGAAAGUCAUUCUUGAACUUGUCGGAGGCUACAAGGAAAUCCUCAAGGUAUCGGCCCUUCAGUUAAUUCUUAUGUUCUCCUUUGCUAUCUACGGCGUACAAGUCUUCUCGCGAAGGCUUGGCCGUUGUAGUGACCCCUCAAUAAAGCUAAAAUCAGAAUGCAAAGGACUGUUCUACAUGCCACUAGCGAAUCCACGUGAAAUAUUUACCUUAAAUGGAAAGCCGCCAGCAAUGCUGGUCCCGCGUGUCUGGAAGAACCCACGCAACUUUAGCUUUGAUGAUGUCUUCCAGGCAUUCCUCGCCCUAUUUGAGGCAUUGUCUUUGGAAGGAUGGCUCGAGAUUCGAGAUACCAUCGAUUAUGCAGUGGGACCAGAGUACGGCUUCUACGUUCACACAUACGUGCUACUUGGUAGUAUGAUUGGACUGACGCUCUUUGUCGGUGUUGUUGUUACUAACUUCAAUGAACACAAAGGGAUAGCGUUGCUCACUGUAGACCAAAGAAGAUGGCAAGACCUGAAGAAGCGCUUGCGUCUGGCCCAGCCGCUUCACCUGCCACCACGCCCGGAUGAUAAUGGCAUCAGAAAGACCCUCUAUGAUCUUGUACAGUCCGUCAUCUACCGCCGAGUUGUAGCCGUAGUGGUACUGGUUGAGUGUGGAACCCUGGCAGUCGGGCAGUGGACCACGGUGGACGCACCAGUCCGUGAAUUCAUUACUAGCACUGCAGCUGUUUGCACACUUCUCUUUGUCGUCGACACCAUCCUCAAGCUUAUUGCUUACACUGUCCGCGGUUACUGGCACAGUAGAAGAAACCGAUUUGAUUUGUUAUUAACUAGCCUCGGCUUGAUAUGGGUCGUCUUGAAUUUCUCUUUGAAAGGCAAUGAGAACGCAUACCUAAUAUCUACAAUCUUUGGCGUUGUGAUAAUUAUCUUUCGAUUCCUGACGCUGUCCGGUAAACAUGACAUGCUUAAGAUGCUAAUGUUGACUGUAGUAAUGAGUUUAGUCAAGAGUUUCUUCACCAUCGCAGUACUUGUCAUCCUAAUGAUGUGUUACUCGCUUAUGGGAGUAAUUCUCUUCGGUACCGUGAAGUAUGGAGAGGCUAUAAACAGAUAUGCGAAUUUUGGUACAAGUUUUAACGCUAUGAUUCUGCUAUUCCGUGUCACUACUGGUGAAGACUGGAAUAAGAUCAUGCAUGAUUGCAUGGUUGGAGAACCGUACUGUACUCCUGAGGAAAACUUUUGGGAAAGUGAUUGCGGAAACUACACGGCUUCUUUAAUCUACUUCAUAACAUUUUACAUCGUGGUGAGUUUCAUUUUGCUUAACGUGUUUGUAGCCGUAAUUAUAGAGAACUUUUCACUGUUCUACGCUAGCGACGAAGACUCUUUACUGAGUAACACAGAUUUGCGCGAUUUCCAGAUGGCAUGGAAUCUAGUUGAUAAAGGUCGUAAAGGGGUCAUGUCCGUACCUCAAGCCAAGCUCUUCAUGCGCGUCUAUAUCUUCUUCAAGCAGAAUAAUUUCUUAAAGGGUCGCCUAGACAUGGAUAAUCGGACUGUUCCUUUUAAACAUAUGUGCUGUGAGAUCGAGAAACUCCGUAAUGGUGGCGAUGUGUCAUUUCACGAUGUCUUGGGAAUCAUCGCGUACCGCAGCGUUGACAUCUCGCGUAGCUUACAACUCGAGGAGUUACUCGAGCGUGAGGAACUUGAGUACACCAUUGAACAAGAAGUCGCCAUACAAACAAUAAGAGACUGGUUCAUGAAGUUACGCCUCAAACGCGAGUUUGAGAAGCAGCAGCGAGAAAAACGGAACAGUCAAGGUGCAUCAAGUAACGAUAGCUACUCUGGUGCAACUGAAGACACAGAGCAACAGGAACAUCGAGAGCAUGAAGGGGAACACUUAAGUAGCGGGGACGAAGAGGAAAAAGACAAAGAGGCCGAGCAGCCUUCGCAAAAUUGCACGUCUGCCGGUCUACUAACUGCGCCAUCGCCAUUUGUCAUACCGCCGUCGUCACCUCCAAGGCAGCGCAAGGUUUCAGUAUUAUCACCAAAUCCUGAACGACCAAUCCCCUCACAGCGAAAGAUGACGUCCGUGACUUUUCCGACAGAGAUGUUUGAGCCGCCACCGGCACCGGCGCCAAGUAUUCGGAUACGGAAAAAGAGUGUGCCAGAAAUCAUAAACGAGAGCUUUGAAGUCAGGGAUUGGUUCUCUGAGCAAAUGAAAGAAGAUGUAAUAAAGUAAGCUGGGCAAAACUCUUUUUGAUUGUUAUUUUGAUACAUAGAUAUAGAUACCAGCAAUAUAGAUACAAUAUAGAUAAAACAAGUAUUUAAGAGGUCUUUUAUAAAUUCCACACAGGUUUUGCAAGGAUGUGUCAGUCUCUCGUGAUCUUUCGGCAAAGUAAAAUAUAAUUUGGAGUUGUGUCUUGACUGUUUCCUCAAUCAAGCUAGUUACAUUACUCUUUAUUUGGGGAGGGGGACUUUUCUCUCGAGGGACUAUACCCCUUUUUGUGCCACAGUUCCCUCUAAAACCACACACAAGGCUAAUAUAGUAAAAUGUAAAUAGCUUUAUUGAGGACACAGUCAAGGACACAACUUCAAAUUGUAUCUUAUUUUUCCGAAGGAUCACGAGAGACUAACCCAAAUCCUGGUUCGCCUCUCAACAGAACACGUGAUUCUUUCAGGGAUUACUUUGGAAAGGCUCAUAGCGCAAGUAUUUCCAAAGAUACUGACAAAAACGAAAAUGCCAUGUGUGGAAUUUAUCGAAAACUACAUCAGAAAGUAAAGUUAAAUAUUCUAGAUAACCAAAACAUUUAUUGGCCAUAGCUGGAUUAUGAAUUAUUGAAUAACAUAUCAAUCCAAAAGUCAAAUAGAAGUCGCCAUUUUCAGUCAACAGGACUCGAGGCUCUUCGGAAAUGUAAAAGUUUCAUUAGACAGCUAUCAUUUUGGCGCCACAAAACAGAUUUAGCAAUACCAACGCUAACUCUCACUAUACAUAAAGUAAAAGCUAUAGGUCAGGUCUUACCUGUUUAGCUUCAAAAGCGUGUAUUGUAAAAAGAAGUGAGAGGGAAUUUGUUUGAUUUUUUUUUUUUUUUGUAUGACGCGCGCGCGCGUUCAGGGAUUCGCGCCAAAACCACAGAAAAACCACGCAGGAUGGCAUAUUCUCUAUACCACAGGCUUCCCACCCGCGUCAGUGAAGGAUUUCUAAGGACACACGUAACGUAUGUUAUGCUAAGUCAUCCUCGUUCCCAGGGUCUUCCCCUUAGUAUCGCCUCAAAAUCGAGUCAAACUUAUAUCGCUUUAAACUCAUAAAAUUGAGCUAGAGGGGAAAAACACCACAAACGGAUACAUUUACAUCCAAACCAAGUUUAUUUCAUGAAUAAGAAUGAAGAUAUAACUUAAUAGAUGUUUAUUUGCGUGAAUUCGUGUAUCCUUAGAAAUCCUUCACUGACGCGGGUGGGAAGCCUGUGGCGUGAUAGCGUUGGACUAGAGUAGGGGGAACUGUCACCUGGUUGUGUAGGUGCAUAAGUCAAGCAUGAGUAGAUUUAGAGCAUGCAGUACACAGCUCACCUACAACCAACCAGUCUCUUAAGGUUGGUUCUCACUUGGACGUAAGCGCAAGCGGAAGGCACGUAGUUUUCCGAUUCUCACUAGAACAUAAGCGCAAGAGAACGCAAAUGCUUGAUUUUUUUUGCGCUUGUGUUUGAUCGAUUCUCACUUGUGUUGCGCUUGUUUACGCUUGCGCUUGCGUCCUAGUGAAAACCAACCUUUACUAUGGCGUGGGUUGUAAAGGAUCUUUCGGACUCGAGCUUCGCUUUUGGGCAAUAAAACGAUGAGAAAGUUUGAUGCUCAAUAUGCUCCCGCACGGCCCAAGCAAAUUUGGACAAUAACAUAUCUAUGAUAUAGCGUUUUCUUUAUAAAAUUUUGUGUAAGACCCGCUGCGUAAUAAAACUAAAUGAACAAGUAAAACCCGCCAGUAAAUCAAGUUCUAACUCUAAA